AUGUCGACCACGGCUUACGCCAGCUCGUCGACCUUUGCGCCUGUCACCCUCGCCGACGGUGCCACCGUUCCUGGCGUCGGAUUCGGCGUGGGAACCGCCCACUUCGGCAACGACGGUCCAGAGCUCGUCGAGACGAUCAAGACGGCGCUCAAGGUCGGCUUCCGUCACUUGGACGGCGCCGAGAGCUACAAGAACGAGGAGUCGCUCGGCAAGGCCAUCGCCGAGGGCGGUGUUCCUCGCGAGGAGCUGUACGUGACGACCAAGUGCGGCGCCGGGCUCAAGGACAUCCCGUCCUCGUUCGACGGCUCGCUCAAGAAGCUCGGCCUCGCGCACGUCGACCUGUACCUCAUCCACUGGCCGCAAGACUUCCCCAAGCCGGGCUACCCGACGAUCGAGCAGGCGUGGAAGCAGCUCGAGGCGAUUCGCGACUCGGGCCGGGCCAAGAGCAUCGGCGUGAGCAACUUUCGCGUGCGCGACCUCGAGAAGAUCCUCGCCAUUCCCGACCUCAAGCACCGGCCGGCGGUCAACCAGAUCGAGUUCCACCCGUUCAUGUACACGGCCGGCGAGGAGCUCUACCAGUUCUGCAAGAAGCACGAUAUCGUCAUUGAGGCGUACGGUCCCACCUCGCCGGCGUUCCGGUUCGACGGCAACCGCGGCGAGUUCGACGGCGUGCUCGCCAAGGUGACCAAGGCGGUCGCCGCUCGCGCCGGGCGGGACAAGGUCGAGCCGAGCCAGGUCCUCCUCCGCCUCGCCGCACAGCGCGGCACUAUCGUCAUCACGACGUCGGGCAAGGACUGGCGCAUGAAGGAGCAGCUCGCGGCGGGCGCGCUCCCCGAGUUGACCCAGGACGAGAUCGACGAGCUCGUCAAGGCGGCCAAGCCGGCGCCGCAACGGGCUUUCAUGAAGCACAUGGACGACAUCGAGACCGAGUUCUGAGCAAGUAGAACUAUGUGCAACUCGAAGAUUCAGCCGUG